AAUCUUCUGAAUCUCUUGAAUUCUGUUUUCACUCUGCAAUUAGGUUAUUGUUUGGUUUUUGAGCACAAAGUCUCAUACUUUUUGGUUAAGAUUCAAUCAAAAGAGUCAAAGGUUACUUCUUUGCUACUGGGUUUUUAGUAAUGGACGACGGUGAGCUUGAGUUUUCGAAUUCGAACAUGGGUGUUGAGUUACCACCUAGUAGUUGUUCUAUGGAUUCGUUCUUCGAUGAGCUUUUGAGGGAUUCUCAUGCUUGUACUCAUACUCAUACUUGUAAUCCUCCGGGACCAGAGAACACACAUACUCACACAUGUCUUCAUGUGCACACCAAGAUUCUUCCUUCACAGAGCGAGGAUAAAGUUUCUACCGAUGAUACAUCGGAAUCUUCAGGGAAGAAGAGACCUUUGGGGAAUAGAGAAGCGGUUAGAAAGUAUAGGGAGAAGAAGAAGGCUAAAGCGGCUUCGUUGGAGGACGAGGUUAUGAGGCUUAAGGCGGUUAAUAAUCAGUUGUUGAAGAGGUUGCAAGGUCAAGCUGCAUUGGAAGCUGAGGUUACAAGGCUCAAGUGUUUGCUUGUUGAUAUAAGAGGAAGAAUUGAUGGAGAGAUUGGUGCAUUUCCUUAUCAGAAGCAUGCGGUUACAAACGUGCCUUACUCAUACAUGAUGCAUCCUUGCAAUAUGCAAUGUGAUGUUGACAACUUGUACUGUCUUCAAAAUGGGAAUAACGGAGAAGGUGCAUCGAUGAAUGAUCAAGGGCUAAAUGGUUGUGAGUUUGAUCAGCUAGAGUGCUUGGCUAAUCAGAAUUUAGCUGGCAAGGAGAUCCCUGUCUGUAGUAAUGGAAUUGGAACAUUCACUGUCAAUGGAUCCGGCGGUAAUAAGAGAAAAGGUGAAGUUCUAGUUCCUUUGGAUCUCUUUCCUAGAGGUGGACCUCGUGCAGGGAAAGCAGUUUGAAGUAUCAUCGAUAAUGUGAUAGUGAUACUAUCAAUCAUUUUCAAAUUGGUAGUUAAUUUUCUUCCAAUAAGUAGUAGAGUUCAAC